UGCCAUUGCCACCUACCGCAGCAAAGCAGCAAAAUCCAGUAGCCUAUAUAAACGCACGGUGGAACACACAAAGCCCGUACGAGAACGAGGCUGCCAUGGCUCUAAAAUUUCUGUAUGCCUUCUUCCUCUUCAUCACCCUGCUCGCCGGCAGCGCCGCCUCCGCUCCUCCUCAUUCGCAGUGCCUAGACAACCCCCCGGACCUGACUUCCCGCCACAACGAGGCCGGCAAAGUCGUCGACGACCUAGCCGGCUUCAAAGCGUACAUCACCGGCGCCGUCCACUCCGAUCGGGCCAUCCUCCUCGCCUCCGACAUUUUCGGAUUCGAAGCGCCAUUGCUGAGGCAGGUAGCCGACAAAGUUGGUGAAGCUGGAUACUACGUCGUGGUGCCUGAUUUCUUCAGUGGGCAACCUUACACGGGAGAUCCAAGUGUAAACAUCACUCAGUGGAUCGAGGAUCACUCUCCGGUAAAAGCUGCUCAAGAUGCUAAACCUAUCUUUGCGACCUUGAAAAAGGAAAGAAAACAUAUUCUUGGAGUUGGGGGAUAUUGCUGGGGCGGAAAGUUUGCAGUAGAGAUAGCGAAAACAAACGAAGUGAAGGCGAUUGUCAUAUCGCAUCCUUCGUCACUCAAUGUUGAUGACAUGAGAGAGGUUCAGUGUCCCAUUGAGAUUCUUGGAGCUCAGAAUGACACAACUACGCCACAAAAGUUCAUAUAUCAGUAUGUGCGUGCCCUUAGUAAAAGAAGUGAUAAGAUUCCGUACUUCGGCAAGAUUUUUCCAGGAGUUGCUCAUGGCUUUGCUUGUCGAUACAAUACCACUGACCCGUUCGCAGUCAAAACCGCUGAACAAGCUCUUGCAUUAAUGCUCGACUGGUUCGAGAAAUACCUGAAAUGAGAGAGGCUAUUACAAAGACCUGGUACAGUUAGUUGUCUCAUCCAAGUUAUAUUUCGGAACGCCAUUUUUAUGUAGAUGCAGAAGCAUCCUUGCAUGUAAGUACUGCAUGUAUUGACCUUGAUUUGUGAGUCCUUUGCAACGUCCAUGGUCUGUAUAUUGCUUUGUUUACACUACUACAUAAUCGGGUCCUUUCUAGUCC